AUGGCGUCCAUCGCAUUUCCAUCCUUAGCCAAAAAGGCAACCCUCUGCGAUGGAACGACGUACGGCUAUGUAUCUGUCCCGGCCUCUACCUCAUCUAAACCGACAUUUCUCUUAUUACACGGAUUUCCCUCAUCAUGCUAUGACUGGCGUCAUCAGAUUAUCGGUCUACAGAGAGAAGGAUACGGGGUCAUCGCUCCAGAUCUCCUGGGAUAUGGGGACACCGACAAGCCCAGCGAAUUGACAGCUUACCUAAUGAAGGUGAUGAGUGGUCAUAUGGUCGAGAUCAUGGAGAGGGAGGGAGUGUUGAAGGCAUUUGCCGUGGGCCAUGAUUGGGGAACAACACUUGCAUCCCGUCUAGCUAAUUACCACCCCAACAAAUUCCACGCCAUAGUGACCCUAGCAGUAGCCUACAUCCAACCGGGCCUGAAAUGGAACAUCGACAAAAUAAACGCCGAUCUCAAAAAGAUCCUCGGUUACGAACCCUACGGCUACUGGACCUGGUACAAAACACCCCAGUCCACCACCGACUGCAACACCCACCCCGCCUCCACCUUCAACCUAACCUACCCAACAGACCCCUGCCUCUGGCGAACCAACUACGCCCCUACCGGCAAAGCAGCUGAGUUCGUCCGCGCCAACAGAACAACCCCCCUACCCCGGUGGUUCUCUCUCGACGAGUACACCACGCGGGACCGCAUCUUCGCCGCCUCGGGUUAUGAGGCCCCGUUGAACUGGUAUAGGGCUGCUAUGGCGGGGGUAAAUGAUAAAGAUGAGGAGGGGCUGGAGCAGAAGUGCCCCCUGCCGAACUUGUUUGUGGGCGCGGAGGAGGAUUACGUUUGUGUGGCUUGGCUGCAGGUGAAGCAGACCGAGGAGUUUGUGCCUGUGCGGAGAAUUGAGUGUUGGGGGUGUGGGCAUUGGGUGCAGUUGGAGGAGGGGGAGAGGUUGAAUGGGCUGUUGAGGGAGUUCGCGGGGGAGGUUUGGAGAGGGGAUUAG